CCAACCCCAAUAGUUUUCAUCGUCGUUCGGCAGAGGUUAAUCCCUCUGUUGGGAACGGUGGACAACAUGAGUGUCAACCGGUAAGGGAGCGACCUAACCUUAACCAGAACCCCAGAGCCGACAAUUAGAGAAGAGGAUAUACGGGUGCAGGUGAAGCAGAAUGGGGAAGAAUGAGGUUUAAACAGAGGGACAACAGCAAAGGAUAUGAUAAAGGGAUACUGAAACAAGCCACUUCUUUCUUUAUUGCAAAUUUCCCUGAGUCCUGGAAGAUUGAGGAUAUGUGGAAAGAGUUCAAAAAGUAUGGCAGAGUAAUACAGAUAUACGUGGCAAACAAGAAGGAUAAGUGGGAUAGAAAGUUUGGCUUUGUUAGGUAUUUGGAGAUUAAAAAUCCUAGAGAAAUGGAACUGAACUUGAGUAAGAUUAAAGUGGGGGAGCUCAGAAUCCAGGCGAACUUAGCCAUGUACAAUGAAGGAAAUGGAACAACUGGGAGGAGCAGAAGGCAAAUAGUCCACAGAGGGGAGAGUAGUUAUGGGCAGUAUGCAGAUGUAGCAGCAAAGUCAUUCGCGGAUGUUGUUCGGGGUGAUAAACACGAGCCUAGAAUGGAAGUUUCAGAAAGGAAACGAUGGACCCCAAAGAAAAACGUCAGGACAGAUGUUGCUAGUAAGGAAACAGAUGUUGUUUUGGAGUUCCAAGCUAACAAAGAAGAGAAGGAGUGGCUAAAGAACUUUUAUGUGGGACAAAUGCACAAGCUUGAUGGAUUAAUAUACUGAGGAAGUUGAUACCCUGCUGAAGGAGGGGAAUGAUUGGCUCAAGAAUUGGUUU